AUGAUCUCCUCUAGAAUAGCAAGAACUGCUUCUAGAUCGAUCAGAGCAUACCCUGCCAGCACAUUUGCUAGAUCAGGCGCACGCUUAUCAGUUGCUUCAGCGCGUCUUUUGGCUACUCAGGCCGAUACCUCGUCAUUAAACUACAAAAAGAUCUAUAAUGAAGCUGAAUCUACUGUUUCUUUGCACAAAUUGGACACUUUCGCCAGACGUCAUCUUGGACCAACCCCAGAUAAUGUGAAGAAGAUGCUUUCUACGCUUGGUUACAACGACGUAGACGAGUUCUUGGCCCAGGCCAUCCCAGAACAUGUUCUUAUUAAGAGAGCCUUGCAAGUUUCUCCAGAAAAGGGAUUCUCAGAAUCUGAAAUGCUUGAGCACUUACACGAAUUAGCUGGAAAGAACAAGAUUGUGAAAUCUUUCAUCGGUAAAGGUUACGCCGGUACCAGAGUGCCUGCUGUUAUCCAGAGAAAUUUAUUAGAAUCUCCAGAAUGGUACACUUCAUACACUCCAUACCAGCCUGAAAUCUCUCAGGGUAGAUUGGAAUCCCUUUUAAAUUACCAAACUAUGGUUACUUCGUUAACUGGUUUACCUAUGGCCAACGCUUCUCUCUUGGAUGAAGGUACAGCCGCCGGUGAAGCCAUGUCCUUGUCCUUUCACAGUUUGAAGGGUAAGAAAUCCAAGUACGUGGUGGAUUCUAACUUGCACCCACAGACCAUCGAAGUCAUCAAGUCGAGAGCCUCUAACAUUGCUGUGGAAAUCGUAGAAUUACCACUUUCCACUCCACAAGGUUUGACCGACUUGGAAAAGAUUUCCAAGGAUGUUUGUGGUGCCUUGGUUCAAUAUCCAGGUACAGACGGAUCCAUUGACGACUUCUCCAAAGUAGGUGAAGUAGUACACGCAAACAAGGGUUUACUUGCAGUUGCCACUGAUUUGUUAGCAUUAACCUUGAUAAAGCCUCCUUCCGAAUUUGGUGCUGACAUUGCCUUGGGUACCUCGCAGAGAUUUGGAGUUCCAUUCGGUUACGGUGGACCCCAUGCUGCAUUCUUCGCUACCAACACUAAAUACCUGAGAAAGAUUCCUGGUAGAAUUGUUGGUUUAUCCAAGGACAGAUUGGGUAACCCAGCAUUAAGAUUAGCUCUUCAAACUAGAGAACAACAUAUCAAGAGAGAAAAGGCAACUUCAAACAUUUGUACCGCUCAAGCAUUAUUGGCUAACAUGGCUGCCAUGUACGCAGUCUACCAUGGACCUCAAGGUUUGAAGAAUAUUGCCAAGAGAGUAUAUGGAAUUACUACUAUUUUGGCCAACGAAAUCAUUGAAAACUCAAAUCACACAAUCACCAAUUCCAAGUGGUUCGACACAAUCACUAUUAAGUUAGGCGGAGGUGUUACUGCAGAUGAAAUUUUAAAUGAAGCCUUAACCAAGCACGAAAUUAAUUUAUUCAAAGUCAGCAAUGACACAGUUUCCUUACAAUUUGAUGAAACUGUUAACAAGGAAGACUUGGUCGCCUUGGUCCAAUUAUUCACGGGAAAUACUAAGUACGAUAUUAACAUUGAAGCUGAAUUACCUUCUAUUAAUGAAGAUUUACUCAGAACAGAUGAAAUCUUAGACCAUCCAGUUUUCAACACUCAUCACUCAGAAACUUCUAUGUUAAGAUACUUACAUUUAUUGCAGAGUAAGGAUUUGUCCUUGGCCAACUCCAUGAUCCCAUUGGGUUCAUGCACCAUGAAGUUGAACGCUACUGUUGAAAUGCAAUCAUUAUCCAUUCCUGGAUUCAACCAAAUUCAUCCAUUUGCCCCAAUUGAUCAAGCUCAAGGUUACAAGGAAUUGGUUGACGAAUUUGAAAAGGAUUUAAAUGACAUCACUGGUUUCGAUGCCACCACCUCUAUGCCAAACUCUGGUGCUCAGGGUGAAUACACCGGUCUCACCUUGAUCAGACAAUACCAUGCAUCAAGAGGCGAAUAUGAGCAAAGAAAUAUCUGUCUUAUUCCAGUAAGUGCCCACGGUACUAACCCAGCUUCAGCAGCUAUGUGUGGUUUGAAGGUUGUUCCAGUCAAGUGUUUGUCCAAUGGUUCAAUUGAUAUCGAAGACUUGAAGGUCAAGGCUUCUAAGCACGCUGAAAACCUUUGCUCCAUCAUGAUUACUUAUCCAUCCACUUAUGGUUUAUUCGAGCCAGGCGUAAAAGAAGCAAUUGAGAUUGUUCAUGCAAACGGAGGACAAGUUUACUUGGAUGGUGCUAAUAUGAACGCUCAAGUUGGUUUGACAUCUCCCGGAGAUUUAGGUGCCGAUGUCUGUCACUUAAAUAUCCAUAAAACAUUUGCAUUAUCACACGGUGGUGGUGGUCCAGGUCAAGCGCCAGUUUGUGUCAAAGAACACUUGAAGCCAUUCUUACCAAAGCAUCAUUUCGUUAAGACUCCUCAUUCAACCAAGGAGUCCAUUGAAGCUGUGAACUCAGCUCCUUAUGGUUCAGCAUCGGUUAUUCCAGUUUCCUACUCUUACAUAAAAAUGUUGGGAUCUCAGGGAUUACCAUACGCCUCAUCUCUUGCCAUGCUUAAUGCCAACUACAUGUUGCACAGAUUGAAGGAUGUUUAUCAAAUCAUGUUUAUCGAUUCUAAUACAGAUGCAGCUGAAGGUUUAAAGCACUGUGCGCAUGAGUUCAUCUUAGAUUUAAGAGAAUUCAAGGCUGUUGGAAUAGAGGCCAUUGAUGUUGCUAAGAGAUUACAAGAUUAUGGAUUUCACGCCCCAACUAUGUCCUUCCCAGUUGCAGGUACUUUGAUGAUUGAACCAACUGAAUCUGAAAACUUGGAAGAGUUGGACAGAUUCGUCGAUUCCUUAUUGGCAAUUAGAAAGGAAAUUGAUGCAUACGCAAAGGGUGAACCAUUGGGUUUGGCCUUGAAAAAUGCUCCACAUCCAUUGCAAGAUAUAAUUUCAACAUCUCAAGCCGAUUGGGAUGCUAGAGGAUAUUCUAGAGAACAAGCUGCAUACCCAUUGCCAUUCUUAAAAGUAUCUAAAUGUUGGCCAACGGUUGCCAGAGUUGACGAUACAUAUGGUGACAUGAACUUGAUGUGUACUUGUCCCUCAGUGGAAGAAGUUGUUGCAUCACAAGCCGAGUAG